CGGUGAGCAACGUCAACCCCGUGGCUUUAUGAAAGGCGAAAUCCCUCCAUGAGCGGAGCGUGCGGUCGCUGUUUAUAACCCGUCUGCUGGAGAGAGAGAGAGAGAGCGGCACCGUGAGUCGGACGAACCAGGCUCUCUGAACACGGCCUCAUCUCGGUGCCACAGUCCCGUUUUGUUCGGCCCUAACCUUCCGGCUUCAAGUGCGGGCUCGUAUCUUCGCCCUCCCUCCUCCUACAGCACAAACCACGGGGACGAGCCAGCGGACGGUAACGUACGAGAAGGGAAGUGAGCUCCGUCUUCAUCACGCAGUCUCUCCUUCUCUUUCCUCUCUUCCUCUCUACUUCUUCUUCUGCCUCCUCCUUUCCCUCUCUCUCUUGCCCCUUCCACACAGAUGCUCCCAGCCGCCCAGCUUGACAGGAGUGAUGGGAUGUGUCAACUAGCAGGUGAGGCAGUCCUGGACGAUGUAAUCGGACUGAAGGAUUCAUCUGCAGUGUUCACACAGGAGCGAGACAGAGGCGGGACAGAGAAAGAGGAGGAGGAGGGGGAGCACAUCAAAGACACAAGGAUGGGUGUGGGGAAGAAUACCACCUCCAAGUCGUUGGACAGCAGCAGUGAGGGAGGAAAAUAUGAGGAGGAAAGCAAACAUUGCGCAGAUUUCUACCCUAUUCCGGUGGUGGUAAAUGGAGUGGGUGGUGCCAGUGGAGACCAGGAUACUGAGAACACAGAGCUGAUGGCCAUCUACACUAAAGAAAAUCAAAGAGCAGAAAAGAGCUCAAUGUCUGAGACGUUGGACAGCACAGACAGUACAGACGCAAGGAGGAUGGAUAUGAUCUAUACCAUUGAAGACACCCCACCCUGGUACCUGUGUGUUUUCUUAGGCUUACAGCACUACCUGACGUGUUUCAGUGGAACUAUCGCUGUGCCAUUCCUCCUCGCUGAGGCGAUGUGCGUUGGCUUCGAUCAGUGGGCCACCAGUCAGCUCAUAGGGACCAUCUUCUUCUGUGUGGGGAUCACCACCCUGCUACAGACAACACUGGGCUGCAGGUUGCCUUUGUUCCAGGCCAGUGCUUUUGCCUUCCUCGCACCAGCCAGAGCCAUCCUGUCACUGGACAAAUGGAAGUGUAAUAAUACAGAGGUUCCAGUAUUUAACAGCACAGAGCUCUUCCACACAGAGCACAUCUGGCACCCCAGGAUACGAGAGAUCCAAGGGGCUAUCAUCGUGUCGUCCCUGGUCGAGGUGUGUAUUGGAGCGCUGGGUCUGCCCGGACUCCUGCUGAAGUACAUCGGACCGCUGACCAUCACCCCCACUGUCGCCCUUAUCGGCCUGUCUGGUUUCCAGGCCGCAGGGGAGAGGGCUGGAAAACACUGGGGCAUUGCUAUGCUGACUAUCUUCUUGGUGCUGCUCUUCUCACAGUAUGCCAGAAACGUUCACUUCCCUCUGCCAGUCUACAAGGCCAAGAAAGGCUGGACUUCCUAUAGGCUGCAGGUGUUCAAAAUGUUCCCUAUCAUCAUGGCCAUCUUGGUGUCAUGGCUGCUGUGUUUCAUUUUUACUGUGACUGAUGUUUUCCCGCCGGAGGUAGACAAGUACGGUUUCUACGCCCGCACAGACGCACGUCAAGGAAUCCUCGCCGCCGCGCCGUGGUUUAAGAUCCCAUAUCCCUUCCAGUGGGGCGUACCCACUGUAACAGCUGCAGGUGUGAUUGGCAUGAUGAGUGCGGUGGUGGCCAGUAUCAUCGAAUCGAUUGGAGAUUACUACGCCUGUGCACGUCUCUCUUGUGCCCCUCCACCUCCCAUCCACGCCAUCAAUAGGGGGAUAUUUGUCGAGGGUAUUUCCUGUGUGUUGGAUGGGCUUUUCGGGACAGGAAAUGGCUCCACCUCUUCCAGUCCAAAUAUAGGGGUCCUAGGAAUCACAAAGGUGGGCAGCAGACGUGUGAUUCAGUACGGAGCUGCCAUGAUGCUGCUGCUAGGGCUUGUGGGUAAAUUCAGCGCCCUGUUUGCCUCUCUGCCUGACCCUGUCCUGGGAGCUCUGUUCUGCACCCUGUUUGGUAUGAUCACAGCGGUGGGGCUGUCCAACCUGCAGUUUGUUGACCUCAACUCCUCCAGGAACCUCUUCGUUCUGGGCUUCUCCAUCUUCUUCGGUCUGAUGCUGCCGAGCUACCUCAAACAGAACCCGCUGGUCACAGGCAUAGUUGGAGUUGACCAAGUGUUGAACGUGCUCCUCACCACUGCCAUGUUUGUCGGAGGCUCUGUCGCCUUCAUUUUGGACAAUACUAUUCCAGGUUCCCCUGAGGAACGAGGCAUCAAGAAGCUGAAACGUGGCACUGGUGUCAGUGCAGCUGAACUGGAAGGGAUGAGAUCUUAUGAUCUGCCUUUUGGAAUGGACUUCAUCCGCAGACACCCCAUCUUCAAGUACAUCCCCAUCAGCCCCACCUUCACAGGUUACCAGUGGGGGAGGCUACGGGAAGCCUGCAGGAGCCGCAUGGGACAUGGGGAUGCCAUGAAGGGAGGAGGAAUGGGAGGGGAGGGAGGCACAGCAGCGGGGGAGAGUCGGGUAUAGCCAACGGGCUAGUGCUGAAAAAUCUUACAUGUGGCUGAAUUUGGGGAGCAAGGGAUGGUACACUAUGGGAGAGUGGAGGACAGAAGCGGUGCAGGAUUCAGAAUUGUGUGGAAGAAAAUGUGAUGCACCAAAUCCCCGUCCGUCCGUCAGUAUGUGUUUUCUUUAGCUUGUGUCAGUCUUUUCCCACUUCCCACUAUGUUAUUUUAAGCAUGCUAUAGCAAGUCACAGCAUGCUAUAAAAGAUGUCACCAUGCAGAGGGUAGUUGGUGUGUGUGUGUGUGUGUGUGUGUGUGUGUGUGAUAUUGAGUUUGUGCAUUACUUUAUUUGCACUUUAAUCCAGAAGGAGACAGAUGGUGAUGCUGAUUGUUUAAGUCAUAGUCACUGCCAACUUUUACUGCCCAUGUCAUUUUAUAAAAUAUAUUCUACUGAAAGCCCAGUAGAAUUGAUCAUGUCAAUUGAUGGAUUAUGCAAAAUGUCUCCUACAAAUCAUUUGCCUCUAGACUCAUUAUGCAACCAAAUUAGAGAUACACACAUGCACGCUCACACACCAACAGCCUUCGCCAAAACUAGCUUGUGCGCUACAAUGCACGUCAGGGUCAUGCAGAUUGAUGGAAGUGGUUUGUCAGGUGCCCUUAACCAUGCAAAGUGAUUGUGAAAUUUAUUUUUGCACUAGCUGCCUCCUGAGUUCAAAACCAGAAUGUCACUCCACAGUUCAGCGUCAGUAAAACUCCUCAGAGACCCAUUUAGCAGCAUAUCACAUCCGCUCAUCUCACGCUAAGACAUGUCACAUCCCCCUUGAGUGCUAAUAUUCACCAGAUCUCCACUGCAACAUACCAGUUUACAUCUCUUUACUGUGUCAGUAUUAUGCAGUAGUGACUAAGAAGACCAAAACUCUACUUUUCCUGAACACACCCAUGUCUCAUUUGGCAGUCAAAUGAGACUUACCUUGUUUUACUUUAUUCUGGAGCAGAAUUCAUUUACAGAGAUUUAGAGACUUUUAAGAUAUUUAUUUUUAUUUGAUAACCUCUAACCUCUUCUAACACAUGCAGGCACACAAAAACAAGCUUUUCAGUCAUGCCCCUCCUCCCGUGACAGCCGCAGUGCAUUUGCAAAAGCUGCAUUAAUGGCACACAGUAACACAGACAUGUGGCCUUUCAGAGGGACUUUGUGUGUAUAAAUACAAGGCUUAAAAAAAGAUGGAUGACAACAGGAGAAUCUGAAUCUCUCUGUGGAUCUUCUCUCUCAGUUUUAAGGUGUCACUUGUGCUCUGCUUUUAGCACUAAUGUGUAUUAAUGUAGGAUUUGCAAAGGCUGCACCAUAGAAUAACCCACCCCUGUCGCUAUCCAAACCCACUUUGCUGUCCCUUGCAUAAAUGUACUAAGAAGUAAGGGUUGUUUGGAUAUGGAGGAUUUAAAUGUAAUAAGAGGGGUUUGGAGAGUGUAAAUGUCGUCCUCUCAGAUGGUGCAGUUUGUGUGUGUUUUUACAACAGCCAAUCAUAACUGAUCAAGAUAUCAUUAACCAUUUUGACUAAUUUAAUGGUGUUAAUGACUUUUCCUUACAUUCCUCCUUCUCCCACUCUCACCCACUUCAGUUAGUUAACUGUGGAUGUUUGUUACUGUACGUCAGGCUGUAGCAGCACAUUGGCUGAGUGACUGAACGUUUCAGAGCGUCGGCAGCCUGUACCUUAUUGACCUAGGUGUGACCAUGAAGAGCGAGUCUCCAAUUUGACCACACUGUGUGCCUCUGGUAUUUUAAUUGAAAAACAGCCAUUUAAAAAUACCAUAAGAGUCUGCAACAUUAUAAUCUUCGUAAACGUAGGACUGAAAAGCAGCACAAUAAGAACUUAAACUAAACUACUAAAUAUUUAGCCUGAUCUGAGAUUUUUACUAAACCAAAAUGCUAAAAGCUCUUUUAUUUUAUUCUUAUUGUCCUGUUACCAAAACAUUUCUUUAAGCAUUGGCAGUUGUUGCUUUUAAGAAACUUGCUAAAUUAGUUUGAAAUCUCAACCCAAAUCUUCUCACAUUUUUGUCUUGUUAAAGCUAUUUAUUUAUUGCUUGAAGCAGGUUUAUAGCAGGUUUAUGUGUCUCUUGCACAAUGUUGAAAGUAUAUUUAUUAGUUUACGUGUUCAUGCCCUGUAGACUGAUGGUGGUGUGAUCAGCUACAGUGUGUGUGCUUUUAGAAACUCACCUGGGGACAGCAGCUUUUUCUAAAGAUAGUUUCUAAUGUAAGCUGCUUCUAUUUCAUUCCAUUUAUAUCAUAUUGUUUUUAAAAAGAGAAAACACUUUUAACUAAUUCAGAUGUCUGAGUGAGGGCCUUUAUACUACAAGUACUGUUUGCACAUGUAAUAGUGCCAAGAACGAACAUCAGGGUCAGAGUGAGUAAACACUCAGCGGAAACCCUAAAACGUCACUAGAGUGCUUAUCCAGAUUUAUAGAGUAUGAACAUUUUUGUUUGAUGACCUGAAGACUCUGUACCACUUUGUGAAUGAAUAUUUUUGGGCCUUUAUGAUAGCACUUCUAGCCAUGUCAACGCGUGUUAUUCUUGUGAUUCGGUGGUGGGAAAGUCAGCAUAUUUUGUACUUGUUGUCCAGAGGUGGGUUGUAUAUUCAAAGAUCUUACAGAUGACUGCCCAAUAUGAGAAAAUGUUUUCUAAAGACGAAAACAAAUACAAUAUUUCCAAAGACUGUGGUGCUCCGCUCUGCUCCUCUAAUGGCUAGCCUAUAGUUCUGUACUGGCAGGGACCAGUGUUGCCCCAAAAUCUGUGACCCAAAUAGGAAUUUCUUGCUAUAUUGCCACUGAAAUCACAGCUAUCAACAUUUGUGAUGUGCCUAAAUACUAUGGAGGCACCAUUCACCUGUAAUAAAAACAUUUGCAGUUGUAAAAUGGAUUAAAUUCCUAAUCAGGUCACAUAAUCUGAUGGUGUAACACUGGAAGAGUCUGUGGAAAUGUUUGAUUUAAACGUUGGUCUCAUGAAAUAUUUUACCAUUCUGACUAUAGACGUCUGUGUCAGUGACGGAGAAACACAAGGAGUGGUUGGUGACCACUGAUCACCAUCCUUCAUCUAAAUGUUGUCUGAGCUGGGGACUGGCAGCAGGAGAGCUGUACAUAAGAAGCACUGUUACGGGCUUGUUGGUGAAAUUAACAGUGCGUUAUUGACACACCGACUGAUGUUUUUGGCUUCGUCGCCCCCACGCUGUGUGACCUCGCUCCGGGAGCAGAUGACGAUCGAGUAGAGGUCAGAGAUCUGCUCUCUUAGACGAGGAGUAAAUGGAGGGUGGUUGGACAGUUUCUGUUGGGCCUCUUGUAGUGAAUUCUGUAGUACAGCAUGCACACCUAAUUACCACAUGCACAACGUGUGAAACUUGUUUUCGGUGUCAUAUCAUGUUCAUGCAACCAGCAAUUAAUUCUCCCAUGGUAUCCUCUCUCCUUUCUCCUCUCUCCACACACUCUCUGUUUAACCCCCUCCACCCCCUCCACCCCCCUGCAGUGAAAAUAUAUUGGUGUCCUCUCAUGUUAAGUGUAUCUGGUUUUUCUCCCUGGGAAUUCUUACCGUUUUUUCUGGAUGCAGGAGAAGACACCGGCUGGCCACCUUAUUAAGAGCCCAGGUUGUUGGCAGCUCAGUGAAACCUGCCUUAUCACUUAAUGGCACGAUGAGCAUGUCUUUGUGUUUAAAGACAGCUUCUUCUUCUGGAUUUUAAACAUUUACCCUCCACUUUGUAUUGUACUGUUCUCUCUUAUUUGAGAGUUUUACACACUUGUUUCUCACAUUGCUGUUACAGAAUUAGCCCAUUUAAAGUAAAAACACUUUCACAAGCCCAAACUCUCUUCCUUGGUGAGUUGAAUUAAAUACAGUUACAGUUCAACCAACCAGGUGGCUCUUAAGAAGGUGGCCAUAAGGUGUGUAACACAUAGACAUCAAUCCCUUUCAGUUAUUUUGAAGGGGGUGCUACCUGAAGAAUAUACUUUUGUGUAUUAAGUGUUUUAUCUUUUUCAAUGUUUUUAUUUUUAUUUUAUAUAUAUAUAUAUAUAUAUAUUGUUUUAAUUUUUUUGCAAGCAAAUAUUUGUAAGAAACAAAUCAUAACUUUUAAUCUUAAAUCAUGCUGGAAAGCGCACCAUUUUGUUGUACUUUUUAUUUAAAAAGUAAAUACCUUUUGAUCCUGUUUUGAAUCUGUGGUUUGGUGGAAUCCUUUUGUUUCUUUGUUUGUUAGGACCUUUUCAUAUUGUAUUUUUUUACUCUAACAUUGCUUUCUGUUCAUGUUAACACAUUACCAGUAUAAAUGAAAGAACGAGCUGAGAAACUUUAAAUAGAUGUAAAAAAUUUAAAAUAAAUGUAUAUUUAAUGGAGUAAAGUUUGCUAAACCUUCUGGAAGAGAAAUUGUGUAAACUAAUUGUAGCAACAAAAUGUUUUAUUCUUUGUUCCUAAAACUAUUUAAUAAGAUGUUACAGAAUUCA